AUGGAUAAGAUGUCCGACCUCGAUCUCGCUCUGCGGGAGUCGCACUUGGAAUUGGACCCAAAAACGGGAUAUAUUCGUUGGGCUUCUACAAAUCCCAAGCAUCCCAGAAAUUGGUCGUUGGCAAGAAAGACGUGGGAUAUUGGUUUGAUUACUCUAUUAGAACUCUAUACAACCGCAAUCAGUACUUCUGGGUCCGCGGCUGCCAGAUCAGCUCAAGAAAGACUUGGCAUUAGCAUCACUUUAUCUCAAUUUCUUUUUGUUUCGACCUAUCUCUUGGCCCAAGCACUGGGAGGCCUUGUCUUCCCACCAUAUGCGGAGGCUUUUGGGCGCAAGAAGCUGUAUGUGGUCACUACAGUUGUGUACAGCGGGUUCUGUGCAAUCAUCGGGGGGAUUGACUCCCCCGUUGCUGCCGUGAUUGGACGACUUGUCACUGGAUUCUUGUCCGCAGUGCCCACAUGUUCCAUAAGUGGAAGCAUCGAGGAUAUGUUUAACUCAAAGGAUCGCAUCUGGAUGAUGUUAACAUACAUUGGUUCCGCCAACAUCGGAGUGGCACUGGGCCCAGUAAUGAGUGCAUACAUUACCUUUGCAUUCGGAUGGCAUUGGAUUUUCUAUAUCGCUUCAAUGAUCACAGGGGGAAUUGCACUGUUGCUACUGACGAUCAAAGAGUCCCGUCCAUCUUCGAUUCUGGCACGAGAAGUGAAAAAGCUGCGAAAGCGAACUGGGAUAGAGACCUUGGAGCCACUCAACCACGACACCGUUCCGGACUGGCAAACCUUUGUCACGGUAGAUCUGGGCCGACCUUUGAAACUCCUUUUCACAGAGCCCAUCGUUUUCUCUGCAUCUUUGAUGGGCGGAACUGCCAUGGCAAUCAUCUAUCUCUUGACGGAAGCUUUGCCUCAUAUCUACGAGGCCAAGGGCUUCAAUCACCAACAGUCAAGUCUUCCCUUUCUUGCGAUCGGUCUUGGCUUCAUACUCAACAUUCCGGGGCGCCUGGUUGAUGUCCGGGCUGUCAAUGAACUCCGGAGAAAUGAUUGCUUCAUUGCUCCAGAGUACAAGCUGUCAGGCUUGAAAUUCGCGGCGCCGGUGCUGGCAGGAGCACUGUGGUGGUUUGCCUGGACGAUUCCUCCCAGCAUUCAAGGCGUGCAUUGGAUUGUCUCAGUCCUGGCCUUGCUCGGCAUCGGCUAUGGGCGAAGUGAAAUCAUGAUCAUUUUGACCGGCUAUCUGGCGGACAGCUACUCUGCAUACACCGGAAGCGCAUUUGCAGCUUGGGGACUGGUGCGAUCUGUCCUAUCAGCCAUCUUUCCCUUGUUCGCUCCUGCAAUGUUUGAUAACCUCGGGGCCAAUGUGGGAGUCUCCGUUUUAGCGGCCACGAUGACUGUGUUCAUCAUCGUCCCAAUUCUAUUCCGAAUCUACGGAAAACGACUUCGGGAGCGCAGUAAGUUUGCUCAAUACAGUAUGCAGAGAUACAAAGAAACUACUGUUGAGCAAGAUGGCACCUAG